AAGUAAAAAAUAUUAUGUCAAAAUAUAUUUCCAAUUAUUUAUUUUGGCUUGUAAUUCUCCCCACAAAUUUAUAGUGUAAUUUUUUGCAUGGCAUUACCAGGAAACGACAGAAUUCCACGGAACUAAAAAACGAGAGUCCAGCGAUAUAAUCCUGUGAUAAAAACUCUUUCAGUGCCUAUAUGAGACAACCUCACCAUUACUUUACUCUUUGCAACCUCACUGAUAAAACAAAUGUCAAUAAGGUUCCGGAAUAACUGACGUUUUAAUGACAUAUGUUAUCUGUUAUAAACUUCACAUAAAGCAAACAAACAAACAUAUGAUUUUGGAAUAAAUACUAUUAAAUUUCUCGUUUUAUGGUCAUUCUGAGACAUCUCUCAGAAUGCCUGAUCCCUGUCCAGGAUGUCAACCAACCAAAGAAACUGAACGAUAUCAAAGACAACUAUCAAAGGAAGAAAAAAAAAUGCGAAAGGGAAAACGAAAAGGCAUUGAACAAAUAUGAAAAACAAUUAGCAAAAUUCGAAAGAGAACGGCAGAAAAAAUUGAACCAACUAGAAAAGGUGUAUAUAUCGAAGCUAGAAGAUGAGUUAGUUGGUACAGGCGACUUGUCUGGUAACCCAAGCUUGGUGGGUGCACCUCCCGGAGAUUCAGGGGAUCCAUUUUACCCUUGUUGUUGUAGUGGUUUUGAAAAUACGUACAAAAGCAAUGAUCCCAUUCUCGACAGGCGACAAGAUACGUCGAAUAUCAUAAGUAUAUUUGUGAAACCUGAACAACUGGGGCUUGAUGUCAAAAGAAAACCAUGUGAAUGUGGCACCAAAUCAUGCUCACUUCGGAAGCAACUCACUCAGGUUUGCUACCGUUACUGUUGCUACUUACUAACUGUGUGUGCAGUCAUACUUGUUGCUGCCACCAUAUUCAUUUUAUUUUUUAAAUAAACGUAUAUGUUAAUACA